CACACCCAUAAUUUCGGAUUCCCUCCUCCACUGAGCUCGCCUCCCCCCUCGGUCCCUCUCCUCUUCUCGACGAAACCGUCCUGCCGCAGGCAGCCAUGUCCGUGGGUUGUGCGUCGCUUGCGGGCGGGCGGGAGAUCGGUCCCGGUCUGGGUCUCGGGGACCUGUUCACGGAGGCAGAGCUGGCGGUGGCGGACCACCUCGUGCAGCUCAGCGGCAGCGGCGAAGGGGACGAGACGGCGUCGGGGCCGGAGUCGCCGCGGUCCGUGAACACGUGCGCGGGCGUCGCGGCGUGGGAGGAAAGAGCGGAGGUGGCCGGUCUCGGCCUGGGAACGAUGGAGCUGGACAGGAGGGCGAGGAAGAGGUGCCGCCUCCUGUCGGACGUCUACGCCGCCACGAGGCCGGUGAUCGGCGCCGACGCGGGCAACGCCAGGAAGAGGAAGCGGGGACGUCGAUCAGCUACGCGGAGAUCAGUGCUACUAGGCUCUCUAGCCUUCUAGGCUUCCCGUAGGAGGACGAAGGUCGGAGAUUGGAGCGAAGACAUUUUCCUUUUAGAAGAAGGCUGCCAAAACAAACAGGAAGUGAAAUAUAAGACAAGAAAGUGAAGCUAGCUUUGCUACGUAUUGAAUUCAAAAUCUGGAUCGAAUCUGAGCCAGCAAGAUAUUCAUUUCUAGAAAACGAAAGGAAGUCUUCUCCUGUUGACCCGAUCCAAACGUCAAUCACUGUAAAGA